AAGGAGACCCCCAGAGGGCCAGUCCCUCAGUUAGUGCCCCGCUCAACGGGAAGCUGGGAGCCCGAUGUGGACUUUCCGGAAAGGCGCGAGUGAAGUGUCUGUGUAUUGGGGUGGGGGAGUCCCUUUCCCCGCCCCUCCCCGCCCCGUGGCCGCGGCGUGGCCGGGCCGGGGGCGGAGCUGGCGUCGCCUCGCGGGCAGGAGGGUGGCCGCGGCCCGGCAGGGCAGGCAGGCAGGCGAGGGGAGCGGCCGGAGAGGAAGACCCGCAGGAGAGCGACCCAGCGCGCCGGCAUGUGACUGCAGCCCAAGUAGACUCAAGCUCUCCGGUCGUGGAGGACCCCGUGAAGAAUCCUCAGGUCCCUGCCCCUGGACACCCGGCCCUACCAAGCCUGGCCAUGGCACUCUGCCUGAAGCAGGUGUUUGCCAAGGACAAGACGUUCCGGCCACGGAAGCGCUUCGAACCAGGCACACAACGCUUUGAGCUGUACAAGAAGGCACAGGCAUCGCUCAAGUCCGGCCUGGACCUGCGCAGUGUGGUGAGGCUGCCACCCGGCGAGAACAUCGAUGACUGGAUCGCCGUGCACGUGGUGGACUUCUUCAACCGUAUCAACCUCAUCUAUGGCACCAUGGCUGAACGCUGCAGCGAGUCUAGCUGCCCAGUCAUGGCUGGUGGGCCCCGCUAUGAAUACCGCUGGCAGGAUGAGCGCCAGUACCGGCGGCCUGCCAAGCUCUCUGCACCUCGCUAUAUGGCAUUGCUGAUGGACUGGAUCGAGGGCCUCAUCAACGAUGAGGAUGUCUUUCCCACACGUGUUGGAGUUCCCUUCCCCAAGAACUUCCAGCAGGUCUGUACCAAGAUCCUGACCCGCCUCUUCCGAGUCUUUGUCCAUGUCUAUAUCCACCACUUCGACAGCAUCCUCAGCAUGGGGGCGGAAGCACACGUCAACACCUGCUACAAGCACUUCUACUACUUCAUUCGAGAGUUCAGCCUGGUGGACCAGCGGGAGCUGGAGCCGCUGAGGGAAAUGACAGAGCGGAUUUGUCACUGAGCCCAGUCCUGGACAUUGUUGCCCAUCAGAUGGAACAUCUGAACACAGCGUGGCUGGGGAGGGGAUCUUGGGAGUCUGAUGAUAGAGGAAUCUGAAGGCCCUAGGACCCCUCCACAUACCAAACAUCUCUGGACUUCUGGUUCUCAGAAGUCUGCCUACAUGUCCUCCUCACUGCUUGUGAAUGGAGAAGGGGAGGGCUUCAAGUGGGCAAAGAGAAGGAAAGGAGAAGUCAAACCCCUGGCAUGAAGUCUGGGAGUGGGGUGGGCUAUCGGGUUUCUUCUCUGACCCUUCCAUAGUGAUUCCCAAGCCUAUCUGGGGAAUAUGAAUGUGGUUGUGGCUGAGGUAACAGCAAGAGAGUAAGUAGCCUCUGUGUAAGUGAGCACAGAUUCCAGUGUGAGCAUGUGUGUGAUUUUAACUAUGGGGUGUCUGUCUGUGAGAGAUAGACCCUCCCUAGCACAUAGUAGGCUCUCCAUAGAUGUUGGGUGAAUGGAGAGAUGGAUGGAUGGAUGAAGAGGUUGGGACCAUCCGAUUGUGACCACUGUAGGAGUACUGACAGCAUUGUCCCCUCUCAGGGCAUCUGACCAUGUAGUGCAUGAAAUGUGGUUACAGAUGUAUCUUUAUGGUGGAAACUUCCAGGCUACCAUCUUCCAUUAGCACGAGUCCUAGGGAGCUGGGUGGGGGUUGGAAGGAGGAAACUUACCCUGAAUUCCUUAAUCCCAUGGCCCACCACAGAUGUGGGUUCUCAUUUGCUCAAUCAGGGAUGCCUAUGCCUCCAGAAAGGCCUGAUUAAUAGAAUGCCUCCUGGGGUUUGGGAAUGAUCCCUAAAGUUCACACAGGUCCCCUGACUUUUAAACCAGGAAUCUUAGACUCCAUUCUCCCAGAAUCUACAAAACUGACUCCUAGGAUCUGAAGCCCAACACAAAAUAAUCCUCUAGUCCAAGGAUCCAGUGGAUUUGAAUUGGGAAAUCUGAAGUCUUUUCUCCCAUCCCAGGACACUGAGGAUCUUAUAGCUGAUGGAGAGAUCCCCAUCCUCCUUCCCACCUAUCCCUGAGACAUUCUGGAUGAUUGGAUCUCCAAGCACAGCUAUCCACAGAGAGACUGGGAUGUUCAUUCAGUACUCCGCUGCUCAGUAACUCCAUGCCCAGCCCUGUGCCCAGACAACACAGGUGCAGAAACUAAGGCAGGAACAGGAUUCUGCCCGCCCAAAGCCUUUGUACUGGGAAGCCAGGAUGAAAUGCCAGAAAGGACCCGAGAAUCAUCUCGUCUGUCUCUCAAUGUGCAAAGGAGGAUGCUGACGCUGGGAGAAGAGGGAGAAAUGUCUUUCAUGGAUCUGGAGUAAAGACCCAGGACCUGCCUCCCACUUUAGGACCCUGAUUGUUACACAGAAAUGCACAUGGAAAAAGGGUUUUACAAACCCUCUUCAGGACACAGCUGUUCCUGCUUUGAGCAAGGAUUUCUAGCCAGAGACCCCCACCACCCCUUGGGUUGGCUGGGGUUGCCUGCUGAGCCAAGCCUCCAAAAUUAUGCCCCUCUUGACAGCCUAGAAACUGCCUGCCCACUGGGGAAACAGAUGGGACUCUUGGGACCAGCCAUCUGGGCCUGGGACUUCUGCCUUUGCUGCCUCCAAAGAAGUUCCCAAGGGAAGCAUGCUGGCCUGGCAGCUGUCUGUGGCUGUGGAGUGAGGGGAGUGGGAGCUUCCCCCAGAGUGACUGCAGCUUGCACAGUGGAUUCUAGACUAUGGCAAGGGCUGAUGGGGUGGGGGGAGGGAAAUCUAUUUUUGUGAAAUAGAAGGAAGACUUUAUUGUUGUUAUUUUUGGUAAAGUAAAAGAAGCCAACUAAAGCAUCCACUGGUGGGAAGCUGUGGUCUGGGUGCCACAUGGCUCUUGGCAGACCAUGGAAGGAGCCAGGCCAGAAUGGGGCUGGAAUGGCUUUUUGCCCUGAGAAUGUGGGCCAUGUAGAGGACUGGCUGGUAUGACCAUGUGUGGUCUAACUCUCCAGUCCUAAGGUUCUCCCAGGACUCUGAGAAUUCUAGAACAGGUGAGGCUAGGACCCUUGGAAAGGGGACGGAUGACCCUUGCCUCUGGGGAACUCAAUCUGAUGAGGAAUUUUUCCUUGUUUUAGUUCAAGUCGCCUGGCAUUGGCUAUUCUAAGACCUCACCCCUUCAGCUGGGGGUUAGGGAAACUAACAGAGUGGAAAUAAAGUUCCAGCCUUAAUUAUAGGAAAGGAGACCAUUUUCAGGAGAAAGA